UCACAGUGGUUUUCAUGGUUUUCCACCUCAAGGAAAAGGAAAGAAGAUAUUAAUGAAGCAGAUGGAGAGCUUAACAAUGUCCACCCUACUACAGAAACUUUACUGGAUGAAAAAGAAAGAUCAAGGAUAGAGGAAAAUGAAAAAAAGGGGAAGAAGGAGAAAACGAAAAUGGUUGGUCCAAUUAGCGUUUUCCGCUAUGCAGAUGGCCUGGAUAUUUUUUUCAUGAUUAUAGGAUCCCUUGGAGCACUUGGGAAUGGGCUCUGCCUUCCCUUAAUGCACAUUGUAUUUGGUGAAAUGACUGACAGUAUUCUUUGCCAUAACACAUCCCUACAAAAUUCAUCGGAAUGUGCAAAGUUUAAGCCAAUAGAAGAACAGAUGACAGUGUUUUCCUUGUACUAUGUUGCUAUA